AUGGAGCCAGAAAACAAUGAUAUGGUGGUUUACGAGGGUGGAGAACACAAUAAGCAACCUAGGGGAUUGAUGGAGGAUUAUUCGGAUGAAUUUUCUACCGAACAAAUAUUUGAGACACGAGAAGCUCUACUUGAGUGGGUUAAAGGUGUUGGUAGACGCCACGGAAUGGUGAUAAACACUUUCGUUUCAAAUCCGGGAUUGAAAGGGCGUAGAAGACCGUAUGUAAUACUCGCAUGCGAGCGUGCGGGUGAAUAUCGUGGGAAGAAGAAAGCCGGUGAGGAUGACCAAGGAGAGGGAAAGAGGAGGACGGGUUCUAAAAAAUGUAAUUGCACAUUUAGAUUAAAGGGGACAAAACAAGGAAAAGAUACUGAUAAUGUUGGGUGGGAUUUAAAAGUUCAAUGUGGUACUCACACCCACACGGAUUUUGAGAACUUGCACGGCCACUCUUAUGCCGGGAGACUAACAAAAGAAGAGAUGAUACUUGUUGAAGGAAUGUCUAAAGCAAUGGCGAAGCCGAAGGCGAUUCUCAAAUCAUUAAAGAUAAGGGACGAGACGAAUGUAACUGGAAUGAGGACAAUUUACAAUUAUCGUCAGAAAUUGCAAUUGAAAGAGAGACUUGGAAGAACUCAAAUGCAAGAAUUGUUUGCAAGGUUGUCAAAAGAUAAGUGUACCUUCUACCAUAGAGUUAACAAUAAUAAAGAGGUAAUCGAUAUGGUGUGGACUCAUCCGAGUUGUGUUAAGUUAGCUCGUAGCUAUCCGUACGUAUUCAUCAUGGAUUGCACAUACAAAACCAAUCGAUAUAAACUCCCAUUACUUGAGAUUGUUGGCUUUACAUGUACGCACAAGACGUUCUCCAUUGCCUUUGCUUACUUGGAGUACGAAAAGACGGAGAACUACGUUUGGGCAUUGCAAAGUUUGGAGAAGAUACUCGGAAAUUGUCCUCCGCCUAAUUGCAUCGUAACUGAUCGGGAAUUGAGUUUAAUGAAAGCGAUUGGGGAUGUAUAUCCAACCAGUCAUCACUUGUUGUGUCGUUGGCAUGUGAACAAGAAUAUAUAUUCCACCUGUAAAGCGAUGUUCUCAUCUGAGAAGUUGUGGAAUCAGUUUAAUAGAGAUUGGGCGACUCUUAUUGAAGUGGAGUCCGAAGAGAUAUUCAAUAGAGAUUGGGAGAUCAUGCAACGGACUUUUGUUGAUUAUCCGGAUGCCAUAGCAUAUCUUACCAAAUCAUGGUUGGAUCCGUACAAGGAGAGGCUUGUAUCGGCAUGGACUAAAAAAUAUCAACAUUUCGGUACUUACACUUCAAACCGGGCGGAGGGUGCGCACUCUCGGCUGAAGAGCGAUAUGGGCAAUUGCCUUGGCACAUUUGUUCAGGUGUAUGAACAUAUCAACAGUAGUAUUAUGACGCAACAUGAUGACAUAAGGGCAUCAUUUGAGAAGAGCAAGAAUACAUACCUCCACUGUUUCAAGAAACCAAUCUAUAGUGAGCUUCGAGGAGCUGUCUCGCAAUGCGCCCUUGACCACCUAAAAAUUGAGCUUGAUAAAGCCCAAAAGUUGCUUCCAAACAGUGACAUGCUAUGUGAAUGUGCUAUCCGUGCAACACACGAUCUACCAUGUUACCACGAGCUUCGCGAGUUUGUCCAGAAGAAAUCUCAUGUUCCACUUGAAUUAGUAGGCUCCAUUUGGAAGCAUAUGAGUAUGGAGCCGGUUAUUGGUCAAGGAGAGCUUCCUAAUGAUGACGAACUCAUGAAAGGAUGGCACAAACGGUUUGCAUCGGCCGGUGUAGAUGAAAGGAACGAAAUGCUAAACAAGUUCAGCGAAAUUGUAUAUCCUCAACGAACAUCUACAAUGGAGCCAUCGGAAAAGGCCACCACUAGAGGUCGACCGGGAAAAAAGUUAAAGGUGGUUGAUAAAUCAACUCGUCGCAACCCAUCGAGGCAUGAGUAUCCACCAUCGACACAUGAUAGUUAUUUUGCUAAGCUCGAAGGCGUGACGUGGGUUUGUCCUAAAAUUUCACGACCUAUGAAAGUGGAUUUAAUGCCGUCACAAGAGUCGGCUAAACCCAUUUUAUUACGAAAGUUGCCGGGUCGAAAAGUCAACGGCAAGGCUUUGUUUCUUGACCAAAUCCAUCCAAUGUUUCAGACGUAUGUAAAAAGUAUAAAGAAUGUCGACUCGGAUGGUCAUUGUGGAUUUCGAGCGGUUGCAUCGAUGAUGGGUUUCGGAGAAAAAAAUUGGAAUCGUGUACGAGGAGACAUGGUUAAUGAGCUAUAUAAGAACGAAGCAAUAUACCUGAAGAUGCACCGUCGUCGUGAAAACAUUUGUGCGUUAGAAACGCGACUGUGUUGUUUGGAAAAAUAUGCUACAAGAGAGUAUUGGAUGUCCUUACCCGAUAUGGGUCAUAUCAUUGCCUCUACGUACAAUAUUGUGCUCGUCUACUUAGCACCACAACAAUGUCUCACUUUCCUUCCCUUAAACAGUGAACCGCUGCCCUCCGAUAAGAUACGAGAGCAUGGACUAGCUUACGUAAACAACAACCACUUCGUACAUGUCGUACUGAAAAAGAAUUGUCCUAUACCUCCUAUAGCGGAUUAUUGGCGACGAUGCCAUGAUGAAAAAGCAGAUGGUUGGAAGACUUCCGAUAUGGAAUCAAGGAUUACAAUGUUUAGGAAGUUAGUUGGUCAAGAAGUAGCCUUGCAAGAAACCUUCAUAGAUUUAACAUAUGCAAGUGAAGACGAGAUGGUAAAAGAUUUUCCGUGA